AUGAUUUAUGCGAAGAGUAAAACAAUUCUACUCUAUCGUUCCUCUCCAACGAGUCUCCUUCAACCAGCUAACAACUGCACACUUCGAGUGUUUCAACUUGUAUACGUACACGCCGUAAACCAAUUUUCAGAGAAAGAUGCUGAUCGGUGGAGCAGUAAGCUACGUAGCUGGGAAGCAGGCGGUUCGCACGGUUUACUGGCGAACGGCGAGCAAUGGUCGCCUGUUGAAGACGGCGAAGACCUGCAUGUUCCAAGGCCCGCCGAAACCAGCGCCAUCCUCCACUUCCGCGUUCGAGGGCCAAUCCCACAUGGACCCCAUACCCAAAGACAUCUUCAAUCACAGGAAUUGAACGACCACUUGUUCGAACAUGACCAAAGAACCAAAGAACUGGAUAGGGAGGGGCGGGGGGGCAGGGAUCGACACUUUGUACAUAGCUCUUUAAAGUAAUUUAAGUUAAUAAUAUUUGUAAAUUGGUAAGAGUUGGUAGUUGAUUUAGUUUAAAUAUACGUAUUUAUUUUCUUUA